AUGCUCGGGCAAGAGAAGAAGACCGCAAGCGAGGACCUGGUGCAGGUGCCUUCAUCUGGCUACGGCGAUGUCGAAGAAUUCCCAAAGACCACGAAAGAGGUCGACGCUGUUUUCGGUGAGAUCAGCGAGGAUGGUCCAAAUUACAAGGACGUCGGCUGGAUGGGCACAGUCAUUCUGAUGCUGAAGACGCAAAUUGGAUUGGGAGUCCUCGGUAUCCCUUCGACUCUGCACACUUUGGGCAUGAUCCCAGGUGUCAUCAUUCUGAUUGUCAUCGGCGCCAUGACGACCUGGUGUGGCUGGGUCGUCGGCCAGUGGAAACUGAACCAUCCUGAGACGUACGGUAUCGAUGAAGCAGGUCGUAUCAUCGGUGGCAAAUGGGGCCGGGAGCUGCUCUACUGGGGCUUCAACAUCUACUUCACCUUCUUGGCUGCCUCGGCAAUGCUUGGUAUUUCGAUCGGAUUCAACUCACUCUCCACACACGGUGCCUGCACUGCCAUCUUCGUCGCCGUUGCUGCCAUCAUUGGCUUCUCCUGCGGUAGCAUUCAGACUCUGGGAAAAGUCUCGUGGAUCGCGUGGAUUGGUGUUUUCGGUAUCCUCACAGCUGUGUUCUCUCUCACGAUUGCAGUGGGUGUGCAAGAUCGACCGGCCGCUGCACCACAGACGGGUGUGUACGAGUCCGACUGGAAGCUGUUUGGAGAGCCGACUUUCGCGGAGGCCAUGUCGGCCGUCUCGACCAUUGUCUUCGCGUUUGCCGGAGCUCCCGCCUUUUUCUCGAUCGCCUCGGAGAUGCGCAACCCUCGCGACUACACCAAGGCGCUCGUUAUUGCCCAGGUCGUGGUUUCCCUCGUCUACCUCGUCAUCGGCAUCGUUGUGUACUACUACUGCGGCUCAUUCGUUGCCUCGCCCGCCCUUGGUUCGGCCGGUGUGACGAUGAAGAAGGUCUGCUACGGCAUCGCCCUUCCUGGUCUCGUGGCUAGCUGCAUGUUGUUCGUUCACCUGCCCGCGAAGAGUUUCUUCAUGCGCUUCAUGCGCACGUCCAAGCACUUGACAUCGAACACUCCUAUCCAUUGGGCUGCGUGGUUGGGCUGCACUGGCGGCAUCACGCUUGUCGGGUACUUGAUCGGCUCCGGUAUUCCCGUCUUUGACGGCCUCAUCUCCCUGAUUGGUGCCGUGUUCGCCACGCUCAUGAUGUUCCAGCCAAUGGGCUUCAUGUGGCUGUACGACAACUGGCACAAGGACCGCAACGCCAUGUGGAAGGCAGGGGUUGCAUGGGCAUUGUUCAACAUCAUCAUGGGCACAUUCAUCACGAUCGGUGGUACUUACGGAUCCGUUCUGGGCAUCAUAAACUCGAAGGACCGAACCGACCCAUGGUCGUGUGCCGACAACUCCAACUCCGUCUGAGGGCCGGGUCCCCCAGAAGCGAUCCCCAGCGAAGGCUGCAGAGAGCUUGCAGUAGAUAAUGUCGCUCGAGCCAGAGAUUCAUUGAUCUCGAGGGCUUGGCCAGUACGAUUUGACAGCCACAUCAGGCACAGACCAGUACCAGAGGAGAGGCUGUGUUCGCAGUCAAAAGUUUGACGCGGAAGACAGCGUCCAGAUAGAUGAGUGAUGUAUACUCUUAUGAUGAAUCAUGUUCCACCUUUGACUACAUUGCACAGUCCGUAUCGCCAUUGCAUCCUCGUGUUACAGCGCCCGAAGUUCUCUUGCUACGAUGUCAUCCACUACAUCGUGGAGAUGUUCUUGCACAUCAUUCAUGGCGCGCUUGGGUGGGUCUCGCCCUAGAGGUCGACCAGUCCGAGGAUGCUCCGUCUCCAGUACUCGUUGUCGGCAAGAUGCUUGGAUCCAUGGUGCGAGUAAAGAGGACGAUAUCGCGUUUUCAUGGGACGUCCAUGGUGUGUGGGUGCAGGUCGAUGGCGAGGAGAUGAUGAGGAGGAG